UCGGUUCCGGUGCCGCCAUGCCCGAGGCGCUGUCGCUGCUGUGCCGGGUGUCGGCGCACCCCGAGUCCCGCUGCUGGGCCCUGGCCUGGAGCCCCAGCGGGGCCCUGCUGGCGUCCUGCGGCGGGGACCGGACCGUGCGGGUGUGGGGCCGGGAGGGCUCGGGCUGGGCGUGCCGGGCGGUGCUGGCGGACGGGCACCAGCGCACCGUGCGCCGCGUGGCCUGGUCGCCGUGCGGGCAGUUCCUGGCCUCGGCCAGCUUCGAUGGCACCACCUGCGUGUGGCGGCGGCACGAGCACGGCUUCGAGGUGGUGGCCACGCUGGAGGGACACGAGAACGAGGUGAAGUCGGUGGCCUGGGCACCCUCGGGGUCACUGCUGGCCACCUGCAGCCGUGACAAGAGCGUCUGGGUCUGGGAGGUGGACGAGGAGGAGCAGGAGUUUGAGUGUGUCAGCGUGCUGAGCGCCCACACGCAGGACGUCAAACACGUGGUGUGGCACCCCAGCCAGGAGCUGCUGGCCAGCGCCAGCUACGAUGACACGGUGCGCCUGUACCGCGAGGACGAGGACGACUGGGUGUGCUGUGCCACCCUGGAGGGUCACACGUCCACCGUGUGGGCAGUGGCCUGGGAGCGCUCGGGCCAGCGCCUCGUGUCCUGCAGCGACGACCGCACCCUGCGCGUGUGGCAGCGCAGCGAGGGACAGGGCGGUGGCUCGGAGCACAGCUGGCAGUGUGUCUGCACCCUGUCCGGGUACCACGGGCGCAGCAUCUACGACGUGGCCUGGUGCCACCUGACGGGCGCGGUGGCCACGGCAUGCGGUGACGACGCCGUGCGGGUGUUCGAGGAGGUGUCCCCGGUGUCCCCGGCGUCCCCGGUGACGUUCAGCCUGGCCGCCCACGUGCCGCGGGCGCACGCCCAGGACGCCAACGGGGUGGCGUGGCACCCGCGCGAGCCGGGGCUGCUGGCGUCCUGCGGGGACGACGGGGACAUCGCCUUCUGGCAGUACCAGCGCCCCGAGGGGCUCUGAGCCACCACGGGGACACCACGGGGACCUGCAGGACAGCCCAGGCGGCUCCAGAACCUUCUGUGGCCUCCAGAACCUUCCCAUGGCCUCCGGAAUCACUCAACGUUCUCCAGAACCUUCCUAUGGUCUCCAGGAACCUCCUGUGGCCUCCAGAACAUCCCCACAGCCUCCAGGACACCUUGAGAACCUCCAGGAACGUCCUGUGGCCUCCAGGAUCACCCAAUGUUCUCCAGAACCUCCCCCAUGGCCUUCAGAAGCUUCCUGUGGCCUCCAGGACACCGUGGGAACCUGCAGGAACCUCCUGUGGCCUCCAGGAGCACCCAACAUCCUCCAGGAGAUCUCAGUGGCCUCCAGGAUUCCCCAGUGUUCCCCAGAACCUCCCUUGUGGCCUUCAGGACCUUCCCAAGUCCUACAAGACCCCGUGUUCUACAGGACUCCAUCCAGGACCUCCUGGUGUCCUCCAGGACAUCUUCCAGGACUUUCCCAAGUUCUCUA